UUAAAAACGUAUUUUAAACUUAUACCUGCUUCUAACGAAAUUAUUCGUAGCGAAAGCAUAUUUUGUAAUUUAUUGUAAUGUUAUUUUAUUGCAUGAAGUUUCAUAAAAUGUUCAACUUUCUUUUUUACUCCGUUUAAAUGUUCGUUUGCAAGUUAAGAAGCUGUUCUUAUCUCAGAACAUUUUUUCCCUCUACUUAAGGAAAUUUGGAUAUAUUCGAAAUGUAUCAGAGGAAGGAGAAGGUGGAGAGGCACAGCAGCCAAGAGGGGGUCUUGGAGCUGGUCAGCCUCUUGGAGUCCUCCAAUCCAGACAUCGUGGACAGCGUCAAGAACCUUAUCUGCGAAAAUCUGUCCACCUCGAAAGAUUCGAGGCUUCUCUAUGGCCUGGUGGAUUACUUCAUUGCGGUGCAGUCCAAUCGUUCGCUGGACAUCUUGCUGCGUGUGAAGGAUCCCCACGACAAGCACCUGUUCGACAGAAUGAACGAGCUCCUGAAGAGCGAGCCCUCUCGCUACCAGACCCUCCAGCUCCUCUGCGGACUGGUGUACAAGCAACCGUCCUGGUUGCACAAGAUUUCUCAGCACAAGGUCAUGAACACCGUCUUCAACAUCCUCAAGAAUGAUGUGGAGCCCCCCAACCUGAUAGCGGCCCUGUUUGCCGUGAUCUGCCUCCUCCCCAUGAUCCCCUCCCAGAUGGGGGGCUACCUGGGGGACACUUUCGAUGUCUUUUCCCGCCUGGUGGCCUGGAAUUACAAGAAGCCAAGUACAGUUCCCGAAACCUGCGUGUUGCACCUCCAGAUAGGAGUGUACUCCUUAUUCCAUCGCCUGUACGGGAUGUUUCCCUGCAACUUCUUGGCCUAUCUUCGCUCCUACUACGGCGGGAGGGACUACAAUGCGGACAACUACAGGGUCUUCUCUUCAUUCAUCAAGCCAAUGCUGGAGCGUGUGAGACUGCACCCCCUUCUGGUCACUGCUUCUAAAGAAACGGAACUGAGUGCCAACAGAUGGAAGAAAAUGGCCUACCACGAUAUCAUCGUGGACUGUGCGUCCAUUUCCCUCGAUGCUGUGGAAGGCACCAGGGAGACACUCAAGAGCCAGGACCUACUACAGGGCAGCCCACACUUUGCCAGAGACAGCCUGCAGUUCAUCAGCCUGAGCAGCCAGAGUAGUGUGGUGUCUACCAACGAGGCCUCUCUGGGGACCAGUGGGGUCAUGUGGUCCCCUUCCCAUGCCUGUGGAUUCUCCACCCCUCCCCCCUUCGCCCCUCCAAAGGGCGAGAGAGAGUUGAAGACUCGAUCAUCCAUCGAGGAGGAUCAUGCAGUGGAUCAUGCAGUUGAAGCCAAACCAGAGGUGUUCAGGAGUGAGCCUGACAAGCAGAGCUCUUUGACGGAAAAGCCUGCACCUGAGACCACUCCUAAAAGUGGGAAGAGUGCAGAGGGCGAAGAUUCCAAAGAGAAUGUUCCGGUGGCCAGCAUUUUCCAAGCCGUGGAAGCCAAAGAGGAAGACACGGACAAGGAAGUGUCUGAGCUCACGGGGGGCCGGGAGCCCUCCCGGGGGGAGGGGCGCCACGACACCCCCUUCUGCUCGACCACGCUCAACCUGACGGACGAGCCGCCCCCCGCGGAGGGGGAGGCGGCCCCCCAACCCAAGGGGAGCGAGGAGGAGGGGGAGGAGAUGUUCAGCAGCCUACAGGAGGGGGACGGCGAAGCCUUCGUGCCCACCUUCAACCGGUUCAGGUACUUCAGCCACUGCGGGCCUCCCCCGGACAUCCCCCAGGAGCCCGUCGGCAAGCGGAAGCUGGCCCGCUCCCGCUCCUGCCCGGAAAUGUCCGCCCCGGAUCCGGGACCCACCGCCGCCGCCCGGGCGGAAGCCUCCCCCCACCACCCCGCUGCGGCGGAUGCGGACGCCUCGGUGGCACCCCCCGAUGCGGAGAGGGCCGGGUACGAGCAGCUGAUCCCCCUGGCCGUGGCGCCCCAGCCCCUCCCGGGUUCCGCGGGCGCCCCUCCCGCCCCCCUCUUCUCCAGCCUCUCCCCGCCCGAGCUGCUGGACGACUACGUGCGGAUGGGCAGCGGCGCCUACCUGGCCCGGCCCAGCCCCAUACCCAUCCCGGCCAUGAAGACCACCGACUGGACGCACUUCGACGGCCCUCCUCCCGCAGAUGAAGUGACCAUCCUGCGCAACGAGGUACUGCUCCUGUACAGUCAGCUGCUGUUCGAGAGGCACCGCAAGGAUGUGCACAGUGAGCGAAACCGCAGGAUCCUGGGAAGGGCCAAGAGGGCCAGGAUGCAUGAUGAGCUGGUGGAUGCCUUGAAGCAGCAAAUCAGCCUGCUGGAAAAGGACAACCAGGACAUGAAGAGCGAGAAUGAUUCCCUCACGAGCCUCAUCCAUCGAGUUCAGAGCGAAAAGCAACAAGUGGUGGCCGAACUCAAGUCUCACGUGGCGAAGCUGGGCAAGGAGAACAGCCUGUUGUCUUCGGCAAACGAGAAACUAAAGAGUCUCCUGAGCGCCAAAAAGGAAGAGAACGACCAGCUCCGAUUGCUGUGCCAGCACUGCCAGAGCGAGAGCCUGGACUUGAGGGCCGAGCUGGAAAUGGCUCGAAGGGAGACGGAGAGAUGCGAGAGCUUCAAGAGGGAUGCCAUCUACACCUCCAAGCAGCUGAUCUUGCUUCAGGAGCUCAACUCCCACUACAGGGACAAGCUGGAGCUGAUGAGGGAGAGGCCCUCCCCAGACAUAGGGAGGGUGCUCCUGGAGGAGGCAGAGAGGGCGGAGCUCAAAGACCUGAAGCAGAAGCUGGACUCCAAGACAUGUCUCCUGGAUGCCACCAAGGGUAGGAUUGCGGAUUUGGAGUCUUCUCUUGCUGCCAUGAAAGCAAAACAGAAGGAGCAAAGUCAGGUGGUGGAACGCAUCAAACGAGUUCAUCAGGAUGAAGUGGAGAUCAGGGAAGAGCGCCUGAGAGACUUGAGGAAGAUCACCGUUCAGAAAGACGUCUAUAUUCUGGAGCUUCACAAGGAUAUCGAAACCCUCCAGCAGAAAUUGAUCAAAAUGGAGAGAACGAGGGACAGUCUCCCUUCCACAUCCCAGGAUGCCGGAAGAAAGACCGGUGCCGAAGAAUCUUGUGUGCAAUGA